UAUAAACAUAAGCUGCAGACAUAACUUUCUCAGUCCAGCUUAGCGCAAGGGAACAAGCAUGGCGAACCUCGUCUACGUGACUCUCCUUGUGGCAUCUGUCCUGCUUGCUAAUGUGAAUGGGUUCACGGUACAAGGACCGUGCCCAGAUGACGAGAACGGCAGGCCCCACCAGCCCGGAGACACGUGGCAGGAAGGCUGCUACAGGUGUGACUGUUGGGGCGGUGGAUACGGCUGCAACCAGUGGCUCCCUACCUGCUCGUAUCCUGAAGGCUGUGUGAAGGUGUAUGAUGAUAACGGCUGUGAGCUGAUGGCCGUUAUGGAGAACCAGGCGGACGCGGUCUGCGACCCGAUAAGCUGCUGGAUGGUGGGAAAGUAAGCCGGGGACAUCUAGAGCUGUGCCAGUCGCUACGACUGUCCAAUGAUGCAUUAAAGCACGAUGUAUAUCA